CGGAAAAGCCAAUAAGGAGUAAUUCCUUAUGUACGCGUUCCGGCUCUACAUCGAGCAGAUCCGCUCCACUUGUGCCAUUUUCACCAUUCCUCUAUGACCGCGGUAGUCCCAGAGCGGCACACGAAGAGCGCAGGAAGACUAGAAAUAAAAGCUUCCCCCUAGGCCGGAAACUGCAGUUUACGCAUGGAGCUGUUGAGUCCACGUGUGUCUGCGCUUUCGGCCUAUCGUUCCGCCGUGCAGCUCGGGGACCGGGACCGGGACCGGCCACGACACCCAAUGCACGGGCUAUCUGUCUCCCUGAGACGUCGAAAAAUCAAGAAGCGGCCCUUUAAAAGGGCAGCAGCCGAGGAUUGCCCGGAUGCACAAGGGACCACUAACGAGGAGCAGUACAGCAACGCACGUCCCGUCCCGGUUGGAGCGACGAAACUAGGAAAGAAGCGGAGAAUGAAUUCAAGAUCCCAGGAUGUGGCGCCCUUCAAGAGUCAAAGGAAGGCGGAUCGGGGGAGGCUUGAGUCCGGGCUGGUAGGCGAAAGCCUAUCAGCAUCACCUCAUAGAGAAGAUAAGGCACCUUCUCAGCAUCCUUUUAUGGGCUCCUCGCUCCGGUGUCUCCUCCAAGAACUGGGGCAAAUUCAGCAUAGCCGGCAGCGGGCCGCCAAGCUUUUUGAGUGGCUCAUUGCUCCCAUUUCCCCUCAGCAGUUCUUUGACUGCUACUGGGAGAAGCAGCCCCUCUUGAUCCACAGGGACAAUCCAAGUUAUUAUCAGAAUCUCUUCUCUACAGCUGAGUUUGAUGCUAUCCUGCGCGAAAACAAUGUCCAGUUUGGCAUCAACUUGGAUGUGACCAGCUACGAAGACGGGAAGAGGGAGACACACAAUCCAAUGGGCAGAGCUGUGCCAGCUGUAGUGUGGGAUUUCUACAAGAAUGGCUGUUCCCUCAGGAUGCUAAACCCCCAGGCUUUUUCUUCCACAGUCUGGCAUUUCCUGUCCAUCCUACAGGAGCAAUUCAGCAGCAUGGUUGGAGCCAACACUUACCUGACCCCUGCUGGUACCCAAGGCUUUGCACCUCAUUAUGAUGACAUUGAAGCCUUUGUGAUCCAGCUGGAAGGGAAGAAGCAUUGGCGGGUUUACAGCCCAAGAAAAAAGGUGGAGGUGUUGCCUCAGUUUUCAAGUAGCAACUUCAGUCAGAGAGAGAUUGGAGACCCUGUUCUGGAGACGGUAUUAGAAGCUGGGGAUUUGCUCUAUUUCCCCCGUGGGUUUAUCCACCAAGGGGACUGUCUCCCAGAUGCACAUUCACUUCAUAUAACAGUGUCCUCAUACCAGCGAAACUCCUGGGGAGACCUUUUGGAAAAGCUCCUCCCCGCAACUUUGGAGAUGGCCAUCGAAGAGGAUGUGGAAUACCGCCAGGGUCUGCCCACAGACUACCUGGAAUACAUGGGAGUCUUGAACUCGGAUCUUGUUGACCCUCGUCGAGCUGCCUUUAUGCAAAAGGUCAAGGCUCUAAUAACCAAACUAAUAGAUUAUGCACCAGUUGAUGCUGCAGUGGAUCAAAAAGCCAAGGCUUUUCUUCGUGACUGCCUCCCUCCAGUGCUAACUGAGAGCGAAAAGGCAUUGAGCGUAUAUGGACAUCCAGCACGGUGGGAGAAUGGAAAUGUCCAAAAUCUUGAUGUCCAGCUGAAGAAAAAGACACAGGUACGGCUGCUUCGGUAUGGAAUUGUCAGGUUGUGCAAUGAAGGAGAUGCCUUGUUGCUACAUUAUACCACAGAAAAUUCAAGGGUUUACCACAAGGAGGAGCCCAAGUACUGUGAAAUAGAGCCUGAAUAUACAGAUGGUAUUGAAUUUUUGCUCUCUUCUUACCCAAAGUAUGUCAGUGUGGAAGACAUUCCUUGUGCUACCUUGGAUGACAAGAUUGCCUUGGCCACUGUCUUAUUUGAGAAGGGAUUACUGAUUACAAAGAACCCUCUACUGUCUAUGUAACAUGUUAAAUUAUAUCAGAAUAAAUAUGUUGUAAGAAUGCC